UCUCAUCUCUAUUUAUCUCCCUCAAAAUUAACCUGAUCAUUCUUCAUUAAAAAUAUCCCAACCAGAUUCAUCCGACUUUAAGUGGUCAUGCUCCGUAAAUGACUCUCCCAACAAAACAACCAUUACGCCUGCCAACUGUUCGAGAAAAUGGCCCAACCAGAUAUCCAACUCUUCAACGCCAUGCGGAAGCUUUUAUUUUUCCUUGGAAUAAGGUUGUGAGUAUGAGAUGGAACCAGUAGUCCACGUGUCAAGUUCUUAUAGGAGAACAGUAUCAACUUCCAUAACUAACUUCUAUAACUAACUCCUACAAAAACUAGUAAACCCUCUUUCAUUCAUCCAAACCAUUCCUAGUUACAAACUUUUCAACACAUCAAUGAGCUUCAACAGGAUCACCAGCUUUCAAAACAGAUGGGAGCCUUUGCACAAAGGUAUCAUCAAGCUCUUCAACAUUAUUGAAGGCUCCAAGCCUAAUUUCACUCCCGGCGAACGCAUUAAUCUUUACACGAUCGUCUAUAGUAUGUGCAACUAUAACCAUCACCGAGAACUAUCUAACAAGUAUCGGGAGAUAUGUGAAGAGUACAUAAUGUCAAAAGUUUUGCCAUCUUUGCGAGAAAAGAAAGAUGACCUUUUGUUGAGAGAACUGCUCAAAAGAUGGUCAGAUUACAAAGUUAUGACCAGACACCUCUCGUUCAUUUUUAACUAUCUUGACCGAUAUAUUCAAAGAUUUAUGUGUUCUUCUCUUGAAGAAUUCAACUUCUCAUCCUUUAAUCACGGGGUAUAUGAAACGAUGAAUAAAGAAAUAAUGGAUGCUAUAUUUUCUGUGAUUGAUCGGAAACUUGCAGGAGAGAUGAUUGAUCAAACAUUUGUUAUUAACACGUUGGAUUUCUACAUAAACUUUUACAAAUGCACAAAAAAGGACAAGGCCGAGGUGAACCGCAGCUCAGCUGAUUUAUCGAAGAAAAUCAAGUUGAUAAGCUCUGAUGGGACUGUGUUUGAAAUUGACUAUGCUGUGGCACUUAUGUGUAAAAGAUUUGAGGACAUUACUGAGACCAUUUCUGUUGGUGAUGACUUUGAUGCCUUUUCUGUUCAUAAAGUGAGUAGCAAAAUAUUGUCAAUGAUUGUUGAAUACUGCAAGAAGCGCAGAAGCUAUUAUAAACUAAAGAAAUGGGAUGCUAAAUUUGUGGAAGUUGACCCUAGAACUCUGCUUGAUCUUACAACAUCUGCAUGCUACAUGAAAAUCGAGAGCCUGGAGCAGCUAACAUGGAGCAAAGUAGAUGAGUUGAUAAAAGGAAAAACACCAGAAGAAAUUGCUGAGAUGUUUGGAGAUGUAGAUGACUCAAACUCCAAGUUAUUAGAAGAGAACAUACAAAAAAUAGAGUCUUUGGAGAUGUAGAUGUUUAGUUUACCAUUUAAUUAGUACAUUGGAUCUAAUCCAAUUAGAGUUGACACAAUGUUUGUAAAUAAAUCCUUAUGCAAUCAUAAAAGACUUAGAUGAA